CGUGCUCGGCUCCUCGGUCCCCACAGGGGCCAUGGCCGUCGGGUCCAAACGUGUGCCUGUUUCCAGGAGACGCCCACGGGGUUCUGGGGCUCUUCCGGGCUCCCGGAAUCCCUCCCCACAUUCUAAGGUUCUGAGGCUUGUACCACACCUGUGCUGGAGGGCCUUACCCAGCUGCAGGACUGGGGAGGGGGAGGGAGGUCUCGAAUCUCCUGCCCCAAGUCUCAGAGCAGAGGGGCGAGGGACACAGACCAGACAGGCUGUGGGCGCGGCAGAGGGGCCGGAGCGGAGGGGCCAGAGCGGAGGAUACCUGUGGGACGAGAGCGGGUGCAGACUCAUGGUCAUCACACCUCAUCGGGAUGGAGCCACAGGGCAGAUGAAGCUCCCCCACACCACCGUGCAGAGGCUCCUGAACUGGGGGCUGCCGGCCCCCUGUGGCCGUUUCCUGCAGCGCCAGCCCGGAGAGUUUCCGGUCACUGCUUUCCUGCUGGGGGCAGGCACUGGAGGGCUCCUGGCCAUGGGUCUCUUUCAGCUCCUGGUGAACCCCAUGAACAUCUAUGAGGAUCAGAAGGUGGUGACAUUGUACAGCCUGGUGGGCUUGGGGGCCGUGGGCUGGGGGACCUCCCCUCACAUCCGCUGUGCCAGCCUCCUGCUGGUACCCAAGAUGCUGGGCAAAGAGGGCAGGCUCUUUGUGCUGGGGUACGCCUUGGCUGCCAUCUAUGAGGGACCCGCGGCCAAUCUGCGGCACAACCUCAACGAGGUGGUGGCCUCGCUGGGCUGCACGGUGGAGCUGCAGAUCAACAACACGAGAGCGGCCUGGCGCGUCUCCACCGCCCCACUGCGCGCGGUGUUCAAGGGCCUGCUGGGCAGCAAAGUUUCACUGAAAGCCGAGACGCAGAACCUCUCCAAGGCCUUCGAGGACCUGGAUGCCCAGGUGAACAGCGAGAUGGGCUACAGCCCCGAGGACGCCGAGAGCCCAGAGGGGACGGCCCGAGGCGUGGGGACCCACCGAGCCCCACCUUCCGGGCGCCGUCUCUCCACACAGAAGAUGUACGAGCUGAAAACCAGGCUGCGCUGUUCCUACGUGGUGGACCGGGCCAUGCUCAGCUGCCGCCGCUGGUUCGACCGAAAGCACGAGCAGUGCAUGGAGCGCGUCCGGGUCCCGCUGCUCAACCACCUGCUCUGCCUGCCCAUGAAGUUCAAGUUCUUCUGCAGUAUCGCCAGGGCGAUGGAAGUUUGGUGCCGCAGUCGCAUCCCAGUGGAGGGCAACUUCGGGCAGACCUAUGUCCUCAACCAGUCUGUCCGCGACCUGGACGGGGAAUUUUCAGCCACUAUUGACUUCAAGGAAGAGAAGCAGGUGGCGGUGCUGGGCCUCAACACGAGCUGGGAGCACGUGAGCGCCGAGCUGCGGGACCUCGUCCGCCGCCAGGAGGCCCAGCUGGGGUGGACUGGGCUGCUGCGUGUGCUGCUGUCCUGCACCUUCCUGCUCGUCCUGCACGCGUCCUUCUCCUACGCGGACAGCUAUAACGGGGACAUCCGCUUUGACAACAUCUAUAUCAGCACCUACUUUUGCCAGAUCGACGAACGCAGGAAGAAGUUGGGCAAGCGGACUUUGCUGCCGCUCCGCAGAGCCGAGGAGAAAACCGUCAUCUUCCCCUGCAGUCCCUUCAUGCAGGCCUCGGAGAUGAGAAACGUGGUGAGGGAGCUCGCAGAGACCCUGCCCGUCCUGCUGCUGCUGCUGGUGCUGUGCGGCCUGGACCGGGCUCUCUACUCCGUCUUCAACACCAUCCGCCAUCACUCCUUCCUGCAGUACUCCUUCCGUAGCAGCCAUAAAUUGGAGGUGAAAGUCGGGGGGGACUCCAUGCUGGCCCGGCUUCUUCGGAAAACCAUUGGAGCCCUGAACACGUCCUCAGAGACCACGGUGGACUCCAGCAACAUGCGCUGCCUGCCGCAGCCCGUGAGCCUGAAGCCCAGGGCCUACGUGAGGGCCGCGCUCCCCGCGGGCCUGCUGCUGUGCCUGUGCCUUCUGCAAGCCUUCGGCUACCGGCUCCGGAGGGUCAUCGCGGCCUUCUACUUCCCCAAGCGAGAGAAGAAGCGGGUCCUGUUCCUCUACAAUGACCUGCUGAGGAAGAGGGCGGCCUUUACGAAGCUGAGAAGGGCUGCCGUCGUGAGCCGGGCGCAGCGGCAGAGGGCCCCCCGCCACCACCUGGCCGACGUCCUGCACCGCCGCUGCCCGCUCCUGCGCCGCUGGCUGCGCCGGCGCUGCGUGGUGUGCCAGGCUCCCGAGACGCCCGAGGCCUACGUGUGCCCGACGCCGGACUGCGCGGCCGUGUACUGCCGCUCGUGCUGGGACGACAUGCGGCGGCGGUGCCCGGCCUGCACCCCGCGCGAGGAACUCUCUUCCUCCGCCUACAGCGACAGCAACGACGACGCCACCUACGCCGAGUGACGGGGCGCCUGUCGCUGUCCCCCCUCCCCAACCCGCUCCUCCGCGUUUAAUAAAAGCCCCUGUACUCCCGA